UAGACGCCUUAGCAGCCAUGGUGAGUCUCUUUUUUCCCUCAUCUUUGACUCUAAUCUUCCAUUAAAAUAUCCCUUUAACUGUCAUUUCCUUCUACUCUUUUCUUCUUCUUCUUCUACACUUUUUCUCCCUUUCCUAAUUAGACCCUUUUUUUGUCUUCUUCAAACCUCAACUCUAUACAUAUAUACCACUAUCUAACAUAUUUCCAUCUUCAUCUUUUCUCUUUCUACUUUUUUUUUUCAUUUUUGGGUUUGUUCUGAAUCCUAAAACUCUUACACUUGGGUGUUCUGAUCGAUUUUCAGAGUGUGCAGAUCCAAUUACACGAAGAAGAAUAUUAAUAGCUCAGUUGUUAGAGUGUCGAGGAUUCUGAGUAUUUGGUAAAUCCAGAAUUGCAUUCAACUUUCUGGAUUAGCUAAAACAAAUAGUUUUCUAAAAAUGGCAGAUGUUUUGCAAACCCAUGGUAAACUAGAUGAUCCAAGUAUGAUUGAGUUGACUGGGAAAAUACUAGUGGUAGCAGUCAUAGUUCUCUUUCUUGUAGUGAUGUUGGUCUUCUUUCUUCACCUUUACUCAAAAUGGUUCUGGAACCAACGCCGGCAAGCGGACAAUCACCGCAAUGCCGCCACACGGCAGCGGCGGCGCCGCCGUCGUUUCGACUUUUCUCCAGGUCAUGAAGUUAAUGUUACAUCUGUUCUCAACAGGGGGCUUGACCCUGUUCUUCUGAAAACAAUUCCGGUAGUUUUAUUCAAUCACGAAGAAUUCAAAGAUGGAUUGGAAUGUGCUGUUUGUCUUUGCGAUGUUUCUGAAGGUGAAAUGGCGAGACUUUUGCCUAAAUGCAAUCAUGGGUUUCAUGUAGAUUGCAUUGAUAUGUGGUUUCAAUCUCAUUCUACAUGCCCGCUUUGUCGAAACCCAGUCAUGUUACAAGAAUCAACAAUGGAAAACUUACUUAGAACACCAGUAGAAGAAGAGGAUUCAGCUGAGGUGAUAAAUUUUCCAACUAAUGUGUUGUUUUGGGGAAAUGAGACUCAAGUGAGCACAAUGGGUUCAAAUAAUUUGGAGGAAGAUUUGCAGGGUCCUAAUUCUCCUCCUCCACCACCACCACCAGUAGCAGCACCAUCAUCGUCAUCCUCGUUAGAUUCUACGAGUGAUAGGCCGUGUGUUUCAUUGGUAAUCGAUAUUCCAAGGCAGAUUAACGAAGUAGUUGAAGAGGAAGAAGAUAAAUCUCCAAUGCCCACAAGAUUGAGGUCUUUGAAAAGGCUCUUGAGUAGGGAUAAGAGGGCUAAUCCUUCUAGUCCAAGAAUUAAUGUAGAUUUAGAACAAGGAGGCAGAUGAGGUGAAACUGUUUUUUUUUUUUGGAUGUAAAUUGCAAAUGAAUGAGAGAUCUUUGAUGUUUGCUGCAAAA